AUGAAGUGCUACCUCCCUGCAAUCGUGCUGUUGGCUCGUCAGACACUGGCCUGGAACCAUAGCAGUGCGGAGGAACUAAGAAGUGUGUUGGUAAAGAGGGAGGAUACUCUGGUUGCUUUUGUGGUGGUGAGUGAGUCCAUACAUGCACUCAUUUUGCGGGCGGAUUAUUUCAGAAUGGCGGUGCCGCAUAUCGCGCGGUAUGAAGUCAUAUACUGCCAUGGUUGUCCGGACCACGAACCGAGCAAGACUUUACUGGCAGAAUGGGCGGCCAUUCAAGACAAAGUCACCGCCAAGUCGAUCGAUUGUAUAACGUCUCGAGACCUCUGCGCUGAACUAGAUGUCGCCUCUUUCCCUGCAAUUCGUCUGUAUCACGGCGAUCAACAAAUGGUUAGAUACCGUGGGCCGCGUAAAGCAACGCACAUCACGUCCUUCUUCAAGCGCCAACAACAUACAACCAUCAAACUGAGCAAUGCUGAAACGGGAGUGUUUUCCACCAAGGACGACUUCGUCUUCAUCGCACACCUGCACGAAAGCGACACAGAACUCCUACGUCGGUUCUCCGCAACUGCGGACAUGUAUCGAGAUCGUUACACAUUCGGCUAUCUGACAGACGUUGCGAAACAUGAAGCAAGCAAGGUGGCGUGCUACAACAACAUUGACGGACUGCAGCACUCGGAGACGAAGCUGGAGCGAAUUGGAGCGAUUCCACGGUUCCUCGAGAUAUGUACCGAACUGUUGAUUCCGCAAUUAACCCGGAAGACAGAACUCAAGUACAGACAGCCAGGAAAAUCGUUAGUAUACUAUUUCACUGCCGACGAGUCCGACCGGGCCUCGUACGUGAACACCAUGAAGCCGCUUGCAAAGACGUAUCAAGAAUACUUGAAAUUUGUGACGGUCGACAGCGCCGAAUAUGCAGACAUGUCGCGUGCCAUGGGCCUGCAAUCGGCGAGAGGUCUCGUGGUGGAAAACACACACAACGGGCAGUUCUUUCCGUACCCUGAAUCCGGUGGAAAGGGAAUGGCAGCCGAGGAAGUUGGUGCAUUUAUUACGGCAAUUUCCCAGGGGUCUGUUCAGCCGUGGACGGGGCACAAUCAAUCUCCAGGGGCGGACGCCACUGGCCCGAGGCGUGAUGAGCUUUGA